AAGAUGUCAGCUCUUCAGUAGGAAGCUCAGGGCUGCCCCCAGCGACCCCCAGCUGGCGGUAACCCCGCCUGUGUCUGGCUGGUCACCUUCCCAAUCUGUCACCCUCUUCUAUUGUUUUGGAUCCGGAAGCUUUGGCAAACCUUAACCAGAUGAGACCCUGGGGGGAGGCAACCCGGAGAGCCAGCCCAGCCUUUCACUCUCCAGCACCCCGGCCGGCCCUGACUUGUGCCACGGGGAUGUGCCUGAGCGUCAGGCUGCCGUGCUGAGGAGGGCCGGGGGUCCGGUCCUCCCCGCGGUGGCUGGGUCUUAGAGGUCGGGAGAAGCUGAGCUGAGAUUAGCUGGCGAGGAGGGGAGGCCGGGGAGCCGCAAGGCGCUGGAGACGCUGACGGUGACACAGAGCCAGCAUGCCGCUGCAGGAGGAGGCCCUGCGGGAGGUGUGGGCUUCGGACAGUGGCCAUGAAGAAGAGUGGCUGAGCCCGGAGCCCCCGCUGCGCCCCAAACAGCGACCCGCCCAGGGGCAGAAGUUGAGGAAGAAGAAGUCCGAUACCCCCGAGUCCCCUGGCUCCAAGCCCCGCAAAGCUGGGGGCGGGCGCAGGAAGCACGCGGAGCCGCCCGCGGACCCCGCCGAGCCCGCCGCGCCCACGGUCUACGACAAGUUCCUUCGGGACCCCGAGGCCAAGAAGCCGGACCCCCGGCAGACCUUCCUGGUUGCCCGUGCCCCGGAUGUGGGAGGCGAGGAAGAGGAUUCGGAGGACUCGGAUGACGAUGAGGAGGAGGAGGAAGAGGGGAAGAAAGAGAAAAGCUCUCUGGCCCCCAAGAAAGCACCCAAGGAGAGAGAGCGCAAAACCAAGGCCCUGGGCCCAAAGGGGGACCUAGGAAGCCCUGCUGUCUCUCGGAAACCACUGCAAACCAAGAAGAAGGCAGGGGAGGGGACCAAGCUGAGAAAGGCAAAGAAGAAAGGGGCUGGGGAGACUGACAAGGACCCCUCGGGGAGCCCAGCAGCCGUGAGGAAAAAGAUUCCAGCCGCCAUGUUCCUGGUCGGGGAAGGGGGCCUGCCUGAGAAGGGUGUGAAGAAGAAAGGGCCCCCCAAAGAGGAAAAGAAGAAGAAGGAGGAAGAGGAGGAGGAGGAAGAGGAAGAGGAGGAGGCGGCUGCCGAGAUGAAGAACAGCAACCAGAAGGGCAAGGCGAAAGGGAAAGUCAAAAAGAAAGUUAAGGAGGAGAGGGCCCCGUCGCCCCCUGUGGAAGUGGGUGAACCCCGGGAGUUUGUGCUGCAGCCAGCGCCCCAGGGCCGGGUGGUCCGCUGCCGGCUGACCCGGGACAAGAAGGGCAUGGACCGUGGCAUGUACCCAUCCUACUUCCUCCACCUGGACUCGGAGAAAAAGGUGUUCCUCCUGGCGGGCCGGAAACGCAAACGGAGUAAGACCGCCAACUACCUCAUCUCCAGUGACCCCACCAACCUGUCCAGGGGAGGAGAGAAUUUCAUCGGAAAGCUGAGGUCUAACCUCCUGGGCAACCGCUUCACGGUCUUUGACAACGGGCAGAACCCGCAGCGAGGCGGAGGUGUGGAUGUGGAGCGCCUGCGCCAGGAGCUGGCAGCUGUGGUCUACGAAACCAACGUUUUAGGCUUCCGAGGACCCCGUCGCAUGACCGUCAUCAUCCCUGGAAUGAACUCGGACAACGAGAGAGUCCCUAUCCGGCCCCGAAAUUCCAGCGACGGGCUGCUGGUGCGCUGGCAGAACAAGACACUGGAAAGCCUCAUUGAGCUGCACAACAAGCCCCCCAUCUGGAAUGAAGAGAGCGGCUCCUAUACCCUCAACUUCCAGGGCCGGGUCACCCAGGCCUCCGUCAAGAACUUCCAGAUUGUGCACGCUGACGACCCCGACUACAUCGUGCUGCAGUUCGGCCGAGUGGCUGAGGACGCCUUCACCCUGGACUACCGCUACCCGCUGUGCGCCCUGCAGGCCUUCGCCAUCGCCCUCUCCAGCUUCGACGGGAAGCUAGCCUGCGAGUGACCGGCCCC